AUGCAACAGGCUGUAGAACGAGCUUUGGACCGUGCGGACUAUGUCAUCGCAAGUGCCCAGCAGAGGCCUCCUACAAGGAAACGCUCGUCGAGUGGGGAAGCAUCUCUCUAUGAAAAACUUUAUGACAUUUAUGUGGAAGAAUGUGGGAAAGAGCCUGAGGCUCCGGAGGAGCUAAGAAGCAACGUGAACUUGCUAGAGAAGCUCGUCAGGAGAGAGUCGUUGCCCUGUUUGGUGGUCAACCUAUACCCGGGAGAGGGGGGAUAUUCGCUGAUGCUCGAGGGGAAACAUGGGGCGUGUUCGGAGACCAUUCGGCUGCCUUACGAAGAAGGGGAAUUGCUGGAAUACCUGGAUGCUGAGGAGUUACCCCCUGGUCUGCUGGACCUCCUGGAAAAAUCUCAGGUUAACGUUUUCCACUGUGGGUGUGUCAUAGCACAGGUGCGGGACUACAGGCAGUGCGGUGGCGGGGAACCUCCCGGCUACCAGAGCAGGCAUAUUCUCCUGCGCCCGACCAUGCAGACGUUAGCCUGCGACGUGCAGUCCAUAAGCAGCGAUGGCCAGGAAUGGACCCAGGAGGACAAACUGCUGCUUGAGAGCCAACUGAUCUUGGCUACUGCGGAACCCCUGUGUCUCGAUCCUUCCGUAUCAGUAGCCUGCACGGCAAACAGGCUGCUCUAUAACAAGCAAAAGAUGAACACUCGCCCGAUGAAAAGGAGCUUCAAGAGGUAUUCUGCACCCUCUCUGAGUCGGCAGCGGCAGCUGUCUCAUUGUCCACCUCCUCCUGAGCUAAAAGUAUUGACUUCUUGCAAAAAAAGCAAAGAAAGUAAAACAAGUGAGAAUUCUGACUUCAUAAUUUCUAAAGCAGAAAAUUAUGUAGAUAUGUGGAAACAGAGACCCUGUGACUUGGCUGUACCUUCUGAAGUGGAUGUGCAGAAAUAUGCUAAACGGGAGAAGUUUGUCAAAUAUGAUGACUCACAACCAACAGUCUGGCCAGCCCAUGAGGUAAAAGAUGAUUCUGUAUUUGGAUAUGAAGGUGGUGAUGAGUCUCAGACAACAAAGCUGACCUUCAUGCAGUCGCUUAAUGAUCCACUUAUCUCUGGAAAAAGAAGGCGACGUAAAAAAGUAAGAUAUGAGAGACAGAUGUCUCCUCCUCUGCACCCCUCCACAGAUGACCAUUCAGAUAGUGUCCUGCCGGGGUCAAAGACUGAUGCUGGGGUAGUAGUCACUGAGUCAGAAGUGGUGGUCCCACAGAAGACCAAAUAUCCGGUCACCAUGUCACAAAGUUCCAGCGACUCAGCCAGCCUCGGCCAGCUUCCUCCAGGGAAAGAAACUGAACAGCCUAAAAUUGUGUCUGUUCAGUCUUCAGUCCUGGGGAAGGGAGUCAGACAUCCAUCUCCAACCAUCAAACUUCCCUCGAGCUCAGAAAAGACUUCAUCAGGAAACAGUUUUACUCCAUGGCAAGGAAGCAGCUUUCUUAAAUCUCCAUCUCCUGUUCUUGCUUCUAACCCACCAAGUCUUUCUCAGAAAUCCACUGUGGACGUGAAUCCAGUUAGCCCAUUUCCUGCAGCCACCAUGUCCACUACCAGCUCAUCACAAAGAAUCCUGGCCACCCAGGUCACAGUCAACUCCCAGAAAUCCUCUGUGGAAGUGAAUCGAGUUAGCACACUUCCUGCAGCCACUGUGUCCACCACCAGCUCAUCACAAAGAACCCUGGCCACCCCAGUCAUGGCCAACUCCCAGAAAUCCUCUGCGGAACUGAUUCAAAUUAGCACGCUUCCUGCAGUCAUGGCCAACUCCCAGAAACCCUCUGUGGAAGUGAAUCGAGUUAGCACACUUCCUGCAGCCACUGUGUCCACUACCAACUCAUUGCAAAGAAUCCUGGCCACCCCUGUCACGACCAACUCCCAGAAACCCUCUAUGGAAGUGAUUCGAGUUAGAAUGCUUCCUCCAGCUGCUUUGUCCACUACCAGCUCAUCACAAAGAAUCUUAGCCACCCAGGUCAUGGCCAACUCUCAGAAACCCCCUGUGGAAGUGAAUCGGGCUAGCAUCCUUCCUGCAGCCACUGUGUUCACUACCAACUCAUUGCAAAGAACCCUGGCCACCCCAGUCACAACCAACUUCCAGAAACCCUCUAUGGAAGUGAUUCAAGUUAGCAUGCUUCCUCCAGCCACUUUGUCCACUAUCAGCUCAUCACAAAGAGUCCUGGCCACCCCGGUCAUGGCCAACUCCCAGAAAUCCUCUGCGGAAGUGAAUCAGGCUAGCAUCCUUCCUGCAGCCACUGUGUCCACUACCAGCUCAUUACAAAGAAGCCUGGCCACCCCGGUCAUGGCCCAUUCCCAGAAAUCCUCUGCGGAAGUAAUUCAAGUUAGCAUGCUUCCUGCAGCCACCCUGUCAAAUACCAGCUCAUCACAAAGAACCCUGGCCAUCCCAGUCAUGGCCAGCUCCCAGAAAUCCUCUGUGGAAGUGAAUCAAAUUAGCAUGCUUCCUCCAGCCACCCUCUCAACUACCAGCUCAUCACAAAGAACUCUGGCCACCCGGGUCAUGGCCAACUCCCAGAAAUCCUCUGCAGAAGUGAUUCAAGUUAGCGUGCUUCCUCCAAUCACUCUGUCCACUACCAGCUCAUCACAAAGAACCCUGGCCACCCGGGUCAUGGCCCCUUCCCAGAAAUCCUCUGUAAAAGUGAAUCGAGUUAACAUUCUUCCUGCAGCCUCCCUGUCCACUGCCAGCUCAUCACGGAGAAGCCUGGCCACCCCAGUGAUGGCCAACUCUGCGGGCCACAACAUCAUCAAAGUGGUGGGCCCUGGAUGUGGAGCCCAGGCUUUGGGGAGAGGUCCCAGUCCCAGGAAGGGCUCUACCUCUGGGACCAUAGCUCCUGCAGGAAUCAAGCCCAGCACCCUACCCUCAAGAGCUCAGCCACCAAAUGCAGUGCCUGAUGCACCGCCGAUUCCUUCUCAAGUAGGUGUUCAAUUUAUUUUAAAUAAUGCCUCCAGUAUCAGUCCAGUAACUCUACUGGGGCUUCCACAAGGUUCGCUCCUUUUGAACACCCCGCAGCAGCCUCAGCAGCAGUGGCUCUAUCAGUUGAUUCCCCAACCACAACUCCAACAACCCACAACUACUAGUCAACAGCCCACAAGUACUGGUCCUCAGGAGCCAGUGCCACAGGGUUCAAGUGCACGAGGUUCAACCAGUCAGAGAACAGUGUCAUCUGCUCAGCAAGCCAUUGUCCUUAACCUCCCUGGAGCAGGAAGUUUUCUGCAGCCCCAGGCGGCGCUGUUGGCUCCGCUUGGCUCUGCAGAGAGCCAGAGAAGACCCCGGCAGAUCAGCCCUCGCCCUGCGCACCCAGUGCUGCCGGCCCCUGCCUCGCAGCCGCCGGCCCCACCACAGGCACAGCCCUUGAGAACCUUGCAGGGCCCCGUGGCUGUCUUGACAGUGGCCGCGCAGACAGCUGGGCCGCCUCGGGGCCAGCAGGCCGCGAGCCAGUCCAGAGGACAGGAAGAAGGUAGAGCAAAUCAAAAUCCACUUUCAGGAAAAAACAAAACAAAACAAAACAACCAGAAUGCUGGCCAUAUCUUUGACAACUUACUAUUAAACUGGAAGAAUACUGCUAGGCAAAAGGACUCUAUCCUAAAUAUAAGUGGUUUACCAUUCUACAUUGUGAACAAUGACCUAAGUGGAAAUACAGAAGACAACCUGAUAAAUAUGACCAAUUUGGGAUCUAAAAGAUCACGCAGCUUAAUGGUCAACUAUAAUAGGACAAAAUGUAACAUCAAUGAAGAGAAGAGCCUCCAUUUGGUUACACAGCCAACUGCAAAAGAUUUAACAGCUGCCACAACAGUGGCAGCAUGGGACUAG